GAGUUGUCGACGUCUUCUGUCGUUAUUCGCGCGUAGUUUCGGUUGAUGCUUGUAGUCUUGCAUCGUUCUCACUUGUUAUCUCAAUCUUGAAAACUCGGUCACAGACUUCGUGUUGAAUCAAUGAUUCACAGUUUCAGCAGCGGCUUUCAAAGUCCAUGAUCACGACCGGUCUUUGGUGUACAAGAACCCUUUCCCACGAUCUAGUGUUGUACUAUCUAAACAAAACUAGGUAACUGAGUAGAAUUUUACCACAUACUUACUACUUCCAAGAUUUAUUUUACAUUCACCUGCGCGCACGCGCCCCUCGUGCGCCCUUCGACAUAAACGUCGCAUCCAUUCGCUCCGCAGGAACUGCCCUAUCGAUUUUUAUAUCUAUCGACUUCCUGUGACUGUGUUGCAUUUGUUGGCCCUUCCGGUUAGGUUGGAAUAUCGAUUUUCGGGUAAGUCUGUCAGAAUCUAUCAACAGGGAAUAAGAAUAAGCGUAAAAGUAGAGUCAGGUAAUCUUUUUGAACAUGUUCUUCCUGGAAAUAGGUAGCUUAGCUAUCAAGACAAAGAUGAAGCUUCUUCCUCUUUUUUUGCUUGUAGCUGGACGCACGCAUUCGCAUUCCGUGUCCCUGGAGCAACUUGCAUCAGGCCGCUCCCAUCCUGCGUCGUCAGCCUCAACGCGCCAGCAGCUUUCUUCGCAAAGCGCGCAUAGAUCGUCACCAGAUGCAGGAGAGGGUGAUAGAAGAAGAAACGGAGAACAAACGGAAAGAAGAGAUGACCACCGUCGUGUUCGUGCUUCUUUCGAAGAACAAGAUGCAGCAGACGAGGAUGUCCUAUCGGAACAGCAUCAGCAGCGCGUGGGAAGAAGAAAAAUCGUUACGAAAACAGACGGACAGCAUGGCGCCGUAUGGCGGGUAGCGUCUCGUGAUGGCAAUUUUGAGGAGAUAACUGAUCUAGACGGUGAUGGAGAGCAAGAUGAUGAAGAUGUUGAAACCUCUGCUGAUUACUUCAUUUCUGGUUCAUCUGUGGAAGGAGACAAAUCGAGCAACAACUUCCUCGACGCUUCUUCUGGUCAGAAGAGUCGCGGAAAGGAAGCUACAGUCGAUGAAGGUAUUACAACUACUACAACACUAGCUGACAGCGACGAUAUCCUGGUAAAAACGGACGCAGAUAGCACGACCAGCGGCAGCACUCUCGGAUUGAAUGAUGAGGAUCUCUAUUUUGGAGAUGUUGUAGUUGGGCUCGAUGACGAUGCUAGCGAGAUCACACCAGUGUCUGCAACACAAGAGAAAACGCGACGCUACGUUAGGCGAGAGCCACGCAAGGAUGGCAGCAACUAUGAGGCGCUGAGACAAGCUGUUAUUGAUCAUGAACGCAUUGGGUCUACUGCCUAUUGGGUACUAAUAUGGAUGAUUAUCAUCUCUGAAAAAGAACGCUGUUGAAUUUCAAGGUUACACGUACACCAGAGGUUGAAUGAUGAAAGAAAAGUUAAUGAUGAAUAAGAGACACAGAGCUUCUUGCUAUAGUACGAAGGUUUCUUGAUCUCGAUGUUUUUCUCCACAUGUAUCACAGGAGCAGUAUCUGUAUCAUGCGCAAGGAGCCGCGUUGGUACUUUUGGGCAUGCUGGUCGGUCUCUUGUGCUCGCGAACACACGCGUCGUGUGGUCUGGAGGGUCUUGCCGAAAGUUUCGCUGUCCGUGCGCGGAAGGAAAAGUAAUAUUUCUAGAAUUUCACAUUCACUAUUUCAUUUCGGAGAAGUGCAUCAUACCAUCCGCAGUAGUAGCGCGCGGCUCGUAGUGUUGUCACUUAUGGAAUUAAGGACAUCACGAUCGCAGUCGCUCAGUUUUCAUUUUCUUCAGGUUUAACAACGACGGGGGCGGUUUCCCAAAAUCCCCACGUGAGAAGCAGUUUUUUUUGCACAAUGGACCGGCACUUUCGCCGAUAAGUCGCAGUAGCAGUCCCGGUUUAGAAGAUGUGUACGACUGCGACACGCUUUCUCUCUGUAGCGCAGAGGAGGGAACCCUUUGCUCCAGCAGAGUUCGAGGAAUCCUGGAGGACAGUCCCUCGAUGGUAGGACACAGCUCUCUCGUAAUUCCGGAGCACUCAGUUGUUACAAAUACAACGUCUGCAGGAGCAAUUGCAGGAGCAACACUAGCACUACAACCAGCUUUCCCCGAACAACAGUCGGUUCUUCCUGUUGCCUCGACUGGCGGCUUGGUGGAAAUGCAAGACCAAUCGGGACUCGUUCACGACGUGGUAAGCAGAGCAACGGAACACCGGGAAAACUGGUGUACAUCAACAACAACAGCUACUUCGAACAGGACGUCUUGUUUGGCUAGCAGUGGUAAAAAUGGAACAGGAGUACGUGGCAAGAGCAUGCUUCUUCCGCCGUUGUGUCAAAGGGCAGUGCUAUGCAAGUCCUGCGUGGUCGGAACAAAUAAUGCCAGUACCACAUCUUCUACUUCUAGCAGCGCUACUAGGAUGCGAACAAAAACCCAUCAAAAUCAGAUACAGAUCAAUGAUUAUGGCACGAGAAGUAGUAAUCCAGCUAACAAGUCCAAUAUCCGAGGAAAUGGUGAAGAAGCCAGUAACGGAAUUGACGAUGUAAGCGUGGCCGCAAGCGAGGUUUCGACGGCAAGCAGCUGGAAGAGUCAUCAAGUUGUAGGAUAUCAUACGACCAAUAAAUCUGGCAACUACAACAACAUCUACAGCAUGAGCAAGAAGAGUGCUUCACCUUCGCCAGACUCAGAAGUAGGGUCCUGCCCCAAGGACGUAGAAGAUCAACAAGAGAGUCGCGUUGACAGCUACAUAGAAGACGCGGUCGCGCAACUGCUAGCGUCACCCGAAUUUCCGAUAGAGCAUACUGAUACCGCUGAAGCUCAUAAUGAGACGGCUUGGGAGGAUCUUCGAGAUUGUGGAAGGACUUCUGCUGCUAGUGAAGGACACGCGGGACAUCAUAAAGAGGGACCACACGAUCAAGUAGAGCGUGUAGAGAGUCGCCUUCAUCUUCAACAUUUUGAUGCUUCAUCUGAAAAGCAGCAUGACGCUCCCCAGCAUCAGAAUAGUAGUACUCCUCAGAAUAAUGAUGAACUAAACGAAGAUAACUACGAAGACGAGCUGGAAAGUAUUCUGUUGAACAGUGCCUACUCACCGGACAGCGACAGCGACCUAGAUCUAUCCAUUGAUGACGAUGAAACCGAGGAACGUCGUUGGUUGCCUGGAGGAGGUGCCUGGUUCGCGGAAAUGAGGGUGGAAGAAUGAUGGAAGAGGGAGAAAUAUGCGGUAGCGGUGCGACAGAAUCACAGACAGAUAGAUUCAGAUCUUUUCAGAGGUUGAGAGUAUCGUUUCUUUGUUUUUUUUGCGUGUAUUCUUUUCGAUUGUCAUGCAAGAAUGGUCAUAUUUUCGCAAGAAAUCUAAACUUCAAUAUUCCGUAUGCGCAAAGGACAUCAAAACUAGUCGUUCCUCCUCUUUCGUGAGUGUACAGCCUAGUAGAAAAUUAGAAAAAAUCCCGACAGAACUCCAAAAUGUUCUAGUGCUCUUGUAGAAGCAAAUGUAGUGACCCACAAAACAAAGCAGUAUCACUCAUCAAAUAGAAAUAUAGAGACCAUCGUCGUUGUGCAGUAGUUUUCUGUCAUUUUUCAGUUUCUCUUUUUCAUUAAUUUUUCAUUGUUUACAUCAAAGAAAUAAUGUCAUGUUAACGGUGCUUGCUCUUAGAUUCAACAUAAUGAUGUCCCCCCUGCAACAGAGCUUUUAGAAGUAUGAAAAUAUGUUCGCAGUAUGUUAGUUCUGAAGUUGUUUUGAGUUUGUUGCAUAUGAUUGUUGAAGUAGAGGUGUCUAACUCUAAUUCUGAGAAUAUCUUUCGGUAAUCAAUGUUGUUGAAAAGAACUCUAUUUCUAUUCACGUAAACACUGCACUAGGAAGUGCUGGUACUUGUGGAAAGGAAAUGCAUUUGAAUGAACGCUCAGUUGAAAAACGUGGAGAAGGAUUUCAUCUGAUGUCGGCAGAAAGGGAUUUUCUCAAGCAUCAGUCUAAUUGUUGAUGAACGUGAACCUGAGGCUUAUAAAUAUGAUGGCAUCGUGCUAUUCUUCGAUGAUGAGCUUGAGCCAAAUGAGGUCGCGCGCCUGUGAUGCGCAUGGUGGCGCUUCCCAUUCUGGUAGAGACAUCUCACAUCUCGAAUUGUUUCCGAAACU